CGUCUGCCUCCCUGUGGUGGAUAGCCCAUCUGCUGCCACGACUCGCCCACAAUUUGUUUGCAUUCCAGUUGUUGGCGGAAGUGAAGUCGGAUACACAGGCGACAAACCACACCCAGUCCACACCUCGCUCGUCAUCACCAUGGCCGGAGUUGCGGGAACGACGAGCACGUUCACGUGCCUGUUGCCCACAGGCAUGAUGGUGCAGGUCCGGUGCCCUGUCACGGACACCUUCAACGAUCUCAAGGAGGUCAUCUGGAAGGAGGCCGCUCGCCUUCCCUUUUACGCAGAGCUCAAGGAUCCAAACGGCUACAGUAUUCAGUAUGUGAACAACAGCGGCGAGCUGACUGAACUGGAGGAUGAGCAGCACGUCGUCAACGUUCAAGCCUACAGCAACUUCCUCAAGCUCGUGGAGCGCAAGGGAAGCAAGGAGGAGCAAAAGUUCAACGUGCGGGUGGGCAACCUGAUUUCAAAGCAUCUGAGCGACUUUGACGGCAUGCGCGAUUCAGAAGUCACAGCCUUCCGCCGCAACAUCCUCAGCGUCUGCUACGAGGUGGCGUCUGCUCGCGACCACGCCGGGCGCGAGGGCUACGCCCUGCAUCGGUUCCCACCGAGCAUUGUUAGGACACCGCUGCCCAUGCAUCUCCAGAAGAAGCUGCAGAAGAACUCCGUCUUUCUCUGCAAGAUUCGCAUCAACGACACGCAAGAGAGCACCGUGAAGUGCGAUGUGCACUACACACCCACGAAGCUCAUCGCGAAUGUGAUCCGCACCAAGCACGUGGGCCAGCUCAUGGGCUCGAACAAGGCUGACGACUACGUCCUCAAGGUGUUUGGGCGGGAAGAAUAUCUGCUUGGGAACCACAAGAUGCACGAGUACAAGUACAUUCGGCACUCACUGACCCAGGCUAUGGGCAAGAAGAGCCUGUCAGACAUUCCCGUGUGCCUUGUGCUUGAGACAAAGACGGCCAUGCUGCAGAAGGUCCCCGACACCGAUCGUACGCAGCUCGAGCUCCUGCAGCGCAGGCCAGCCCCGAUUGAGGAGCGCACGGGCGGGCUUGAGGACUCCAUGUGGUUUGGCACAUAUGCCGAGAACAAGUUCCGUGUCAAGAUUGUGGAGGCGCAGAAUCUUGUUGCAGACCGCCUGUUUGGCAUCGGCGUCAAGGCCUGCAUUUACCUCGGGAGCGAGCGGCUGUGCAGCGCGGAGAUGACGCGUUACGUCCCGCCCAGCGACAACCCCGUCUGGGGCCAAACUUUGGAGUUCAACAUGCCGAUCAAGGACAUUCCGCGAAACGCGCGGCUCUGUCUCGCCCUGCACGGCGUGUGGAGCAACCCGCUCAGGACGAAGAAAAAGUUCAAGUACAAAAAUGAGUUUCCGCUGGCGUGGGUGAACGUCAGCAUCCUCGACUUCAAGGCCAGCCUGCGACAGGGCCAGAUGCAGCUCACGACGUGGCAAUACGACGACGAAGAGCCCGAGAAGCUGCUGCAGAGCGACGACAACGCGCAGAACAAGCUCUUCUACCCGCUCGGCACCACAAUCACCAACCCCAUCAAGAACGCAACCCCGAUGCUCACCAUCGAGUUUGACUCGUACCCGCACGAGAUGAAGUAUCCUGGGCAGGAGAUGAUUGGGCGGAAUGUGCGCGGGGCGGUGCAGGCCAACCCGGCCGGCCGCGUGGCGCUCGAGCUCAAAGAGAUGGAGCCCGUCGUCAACUCGGACCCGCUCCACCAGUUUACCGACAAGGAGCUGCAACUCCUCAGGCAGUACAAGGUGAAUGCGCUGCGCGGAAUUGAGGAGAUUACGCUGCAGAUCAAGGACAAGGCGAUCCGCAACAAGAGGGAGUAUGCACGGGAGCGCAUGGACAAGCUGAAGCUCGAGUCGUUCCAGCUGCCGCUCGACCCCUCGCUGCAGAUCCACUCGCCCACGGUGCAGAAGAUCUUCGGCUCUGCGCAGAAGCCGAUGUGGAUCAAGUUCAAGGUGGCCGGCAGUGACACUGACUACAACGCCAUCUUCAAGAACGGGGAUGACCUGCGCCAGGACAUGCUGACGCUGCAGCUGAUCAGCAUCAUGGACCAGCUGUGGCAGGAGGAUGGCCUCAACCUGCAGAUGAACUGCUACCACUGCCUCUCCACGGGCGACAUGGUCGGCCUCUUGCAGAUGGUCACAAACGCCGACACUCUCUGGCACAUCCAAGGCAAAGUGCAGAAGGUGCUGACGAGCACGGAUGUGCUGGACAAGUGGAUUCGUGACAAGAACCCGACGGACACGGAGUACAACCAGGCGUGCACCAACUUCAUGCUGUCGUGUGUCGGCUACUCCAUCGCCACGUAUGUGCUUGGCAUCGCUGAUCGCCACAACGACAACAUCAUGGUCAAGGAGAGCGGACAGCUCUUCCACAUUGACUUUGGCCACUUCCUUGGCAACUGGAAAUCAAAGUUUGGCAUCAAACGCGAGCGCGUCAAGUUCAUCCUCGUCCAUGAUUUCGUGGAAGUCAUCACGCAGGGCCAGGGCACCACCAGUCCACGGUGGGCCGAGUUCAAGGAGCUGUGUGCGCGCGCGUUCCGCAUUGUGCGGCGCAAGGCCAACCUGUUUAUCAACCUGCUGAACAUGAUGCUGUCCACGGGCAUUCCCGAGCUCAAGUCGCACGGGGACGUGGCGUAUCUGCGCAGCACCCUCUUCCUCGACGACUCCGAGGAGGUUGCCGUCGACAACUUCAUGAAGGAGGUUGAUAUUGCGCUCAAGGACAGCAAGAGUGUGAAGGUGAACUGGGCCUUCCACGGUGCCAAGCACGGCUAAACAAGGACCGAGAACAUGCCCACUCCCGCUGCUUGCUUGCUUUGUGUGCAUCUCUGCUCCCACCUCCCCCACUCCCAACCCACUGUUUUGUUCUUUCCUCAUGCGAUUGUUUCCCUGGUUUUGAGUGCUCUGCUUCUUUGCUGACUGCCAAUGAACAGCGGCGACGAGA